GACUACGUGGCCACGUGACCUCGGGGGUUGCGCUCCGGGCGCCCUUGGAAGUCCUCACGCCGAGGGGGUCAUGGCCGGUCCUGCUCGAGGCGGCGGGGCCCGGUCUCUCGAUCUGCUCCGGGUGUUGCCUCGAGUGUCCCUGGCCAACUUGAAGCCCAAUCCCGGCUCCAGGAAACCGGAAAGACGUCCAAGAGGUCGAAGAAGAGGUAGGAAAUGUGGCAGAGGCCAUAAAGGAGAAAGGCAGAGAGGAACUCGACCCAGGCUGGGCUUUGAGGGAGGCCAGACACCAUUUUACAUUCGAAUUCCAAAAUACGGAUUUAAUGAAGGACAUAGCUUCAGACGCCAGUAUCAUCCUUUGAGUCUAAAGAGACUGCAGUAUCUUAUUGAUUUGGGUCGAGUUGAUCCAACGCAACCUAUUGAUCUAACCCAGCUUGUUAAUGGAAGAGGUGUGACUAUCCAGCCCUAUAAGAGGGAUUAUGGGGUCCAGCUGGUUGAGGAGGGUGCGGACACAUUUCAGGCAAAAGUUAACAUUGAAGUACAGUUGGCUUCAGAACUGGCCAUCGCUGCAAUUGAAAAAAAUGGUGGUGUUGUUACUACAGCUUUCUAUGAUCCAAUAAGUCUAGGAAUUCUGUGCAAGCCUAUUCCAUUCUUUCUGCGUGGACAACCCAUUCCAAAACGAAUGCUUCCACCUGAAGAUCUGGUACUAUAUUACACAGAUGCCAAGAACCGGGGUUACCUGGCAGAUCCUGCCAAGUUUCCUGAAGCAAGACUUGAACUUGCCAAGAAAUAUGGUUAUGUUCUCCCUGAUAUCACUAAAGAUGAACUCUUCAAAAUGCUCAGUACGCGGAAGGAUCCGAGGCAGAUUUUCUUUGGUCUUGCUCCAGGAUGGGUAGUGAAUAUGGCAGAUAAGAAAAUUCUCAAACCUACAGAUGAGAAUCUCCUUAAGUAUUACAGCUCAUGAAUUCCUUCCAGGAAGGCAGUUAUUGAAGAGUACCAGGAAAAGGACUGAACAUCGGGUUUCUUACUGUAUUCUCCAAAUGUGUCAUCCUCCAGAUAGUGGUGUAUACUAUUACUGUAAUCAUGGCUUUUUCAUUUUCUCCUAAAAUUAAAAUAAUUUUAAAGUGCAGAAGCAAAGACUGCACAUAGGAACCAAAUCUGUGGGUUGUGUAUCGAAGAUUGAAAUUCUGGUUGUCUAUUGCAGAAUGAUUACAACUAUUUUAGAAUAUUUCUGGCCCAUUUUGUCAUGAUUUUAACAAGAUUUGUCUUGUUAUUGCUGUGAAGCAGAAAGAACAACACUGGAGAGUUAGAUUGACUAACAGGCUGCUCAACCAAAGGUAGAGCAGCUGCUGGUAAGCUGUGGUCCUUUAAUCAGCAGCCUAAGGAAGCUCUGCUACCCAGAACCCUCUCCUGGGAUGGAGGUGAUUAGGAUAAAUGGCUUCUAAGUAGCAUAUUUUCCAACAACAUUGGAGGUUAGAGGAAAAACCAUAAAAACAAUCGGUUGUAAGAAAAUUAUACUCAGUUUGCUUGGUUUUGAGAUGGCAUCUUGAACUCUUGGGCUCAAGUGAUCCUCCUGCCUCAGCCUCCCAAAAUGUUGGGAAAUACAGGUGAACUGUACCAUACCAGGCUUAAAGUCACUUGAUAUAAAAGACACAGGAGCUAGUAAGGUUAUUUGCUUUUUAGGGGUAUGUUGUAUUCACAGUUUAGGAAAGCUUAAUUUACCAUACUCAUUAAAAUUCAUCUUGAAUAAUUCAUGACAAUCCUUCACAGUAGAAAUAAAAUGAUUCCUGGCUAAUUUUCUUGAAAUAAAAUGAAAUAUCUAAACUA